AAAAAAAAAAUCCUCUUCCUCCGACGGCGAUGAUGAUUGCUUACCUGGAACCGUUUCUACAGGACACCGAUUCCCGCCGGCCACACGACGGCUCCUCUCUAUGCGAAGCUUUAGAGCUUCAACUACAAGGCGGCGUCAGUACCGACUCACGGGACACCGGUUUAGCCGGUAAGGAUUUCGGUGGGCUACAUUCCAUAACGCCGUUGGCUUUGAUAACUCCAGCUGGUGCCGAUGACGUGGCGAAAGUAGUGAAAUCAGCCGUACAAUCGUCUAAUCUGACGGUAGCAGCAAGGGGUAACGGCCACUCAAUCAACGGCCAGGCGAUGGCGUAUGGAGGGUUAGUUAUGGACAUGCGUGCCAUGGAGGAUCAUUUCCGGGUCGUCACGAUUAACGGAUUGUCCUAUGCCGACGUGUCAGGAGGGGCAUUAUGGGAAGACGUCUUGAAACGCUGCGUUUCAAGUUACGGAUUGGCUCCUAGGUCAUGGACGGAUUACCUUAGCUUAACGGUCGGCGGGACACUGUCCAACGCCGGCGUUAGUGGCCAGGCUUUCCGGUACGGCCCACAAAUAUCCAACGUGGCUGAAUUAGAAGUUGUGACUGGUAAAGGCGAUAUAUUAAUUUGUUCAGAAAAUGAAAAUUCGGAAUUAUUUUUUAGUGUUCUUGGUGGUUUGGGUCAGUUUGGGAUUAUCACAAGAGCUCGUGUUUUGCUUCAGCCAGCUCCGGAUAUGGUGAGAUGGAUUAGAUUGGUUUAUGACGAAUUCGAAAGGUUCGCUCACGAUGCCGAAUCCUUAAUACGGCGGCCGGAAGGCGACUCGUUUGAUUACGUGGAAGGCUUCGUUUUUUCCAACAACGAUGACCCAUUAACUGGAAGACCGACAGUACCGUUAGACUCCAAUACCGUCUUCGACUCAUCUUAUUUAGGGGAAACCGCCGGUUCGGUUCUCUACUGCCUUGAAGUCGCCGUCCACUACCGGAACAACGACCAAGUCUCAACCGUCGACACGGAUGUUCAGAGGUUGCUGAGUGGGCUUGGGUAUGUAAAGGCGCUGAGAUUCCAGGUGGACCUCAGUUACAUACAAUUUUUGUCACGCGUGAAGCGUGCGGAAGAGGAGGCAAUUGCCAACGGCGUUUGGGAUGCUCCUCAUCCUUGGCUUAAUCUCUUCGUGUCAAAAUCUGACAUCGCUGAUUUUGAUCGUGUGGUCUUCAAGUCCCUCCUCAAAAAUGGGGUCGGUGGGCCCAUGCUCGUCUACCCUCUACUGCGUAGCAGGUGGGAUUCCCGAACAUCGGUGGUGCUACCAGAAGGAGAAGUGUUGUACCUAGUGGCGUUACUACGAUUCACUCCCCCAAACCCAAAAUCGACAUUGGUUGAUAAAUUAGUGGAACAAAAUCGAGAAAUUAUCAAUAUAUGCAAUGCGAAUUGCAUCGACUUCAAACUCUACUUACCACACUACCAUUCAGAAAAGGAGUGGAAGCUUCACUUUGGGAAUCAAUGGAGUAGAUUUGUUGAGAGAAAAGCCUCGUUUGACCCAAUGGCCAUCCUUGCUCCAGGUCAAAAGAUCUUCACCAGAAUUCUACGUAAUCAAUAAGUCCAUUUUUUUAUCCAAAAAACUCCAAUUUUUUUUAAUAAAAAAAAAAUUGAUAUUGUUAGCUACAAAAGCAAAACUCAACCCACAAUUUCUUAUAGUGGAGAGUACGAAACCUUAUAUGUUGUUAUCACUCGUAAAACACAAAUAUUAGUACAAUGUAAAGGACAAUAGUAAUUUUUUUAAAAAAGAAAAAAAAACUUUUUGGAGCCAAAAAAAAAAAAACUACAAAACUUGAUCAUUUGGGUUUAUAGAAAAGCAAUAAAUGAUUUUCUUUUCUUUUUUUUUUUUUUUUUUUUUUUUUUUUUUUUGUUUGUUUAAAGAUGCAAAGUGAUUUGACUUGGAUAACAUGCUUCCUUUGUGAAAAAAUUGACUUAAAAGACAAUGAGUGUCGUGGAUAUUGUAUCAUUUUGAAGUGAUGUCGAGAGCCCAUUGGCUCAAAGUGUCUACCAAUGCAAUUGAAAGGCAGGUGCCACCAUGGCCACAAUUUUGUAUGUGUGCAUGUUUGUCCUCUUAACUCUGCUGACUAGAAAGCUUGAACCAUAUGCAUUACCUGUCUCUUCUUCAAAAAGUUGAUGUAUUAGAUUGGGUUCCAUGAGUUGGAUUUUGAUUAAGAUUACAUCUCUUUUUCAAAUCAACUAAAUAUAUGAAAAGAUUGCAAAAACAAUACCCUUAAA